AUGGGCCAUAAGAUGAGGACACUACUCGCUCUGUUUGCUUGUACGGUCCUGGCGCGAGCCUGUAUUCCUGACUGCCAAGUCACGACGAUCGAGAACUGCGUUCCCAGCGGUCUGUCGUGGUUUGGGCAGCUUUCUUACCGAAGCACUCAGACGAUAAUAUCGUCUAAAGACCCUCUGUCACAUAGGUCUUGUAUCUUAUGCGGGGACAUUUCAACAGCUGGUUUGGUUUGGCUUGGUGAGAACACUCAAGUCUACCCUUCAGACAGCACCUGGCUUGCUGUAAGAGGCCAUCCUUUUAACGUGUUAUCAGUACAAACACUUGGCUUGUGUAACAACUCAGGUGUUAACUAUCUUACUCUUGUAGAGGGAGGUAUUAUAGACUUGGAACCGAACAGUCUUAGUGUGUUUCAGUACUUGUACUCCCUGUAUCUCGACUUCAACAACCUAACUGUCAUAAAGAAGGAAUACUUUGCCGAGUUAACCACCCCGUUUGCACUGACUAUUCUGUCUCUGUCACACAACAAGAUCGCUGAUAUUGAGUCAGGGAGCUUUGCAGAACUUGGCAGGUUAGAAUUUCUGGUUCUUGAGCAUAACCUGUUACGGUACGUGCGUGCCGGCUGGUUCUUUGGGUUGUCCAACUUAAAGGAACUUAUCCUGACUUCUAACCGACUUGAGACUGUACAGAAGGGUGCGUUUGCGCAUCUGAGCAAGCUCAACUACUUUGACAUGAGCGACAAUAAUCUGGUAUGGCUUCCGACGGAAUACCGCUGGUUACCGAACAAUUCAGUAGCGUACAAACUCGGCGAGAAUGAGUUGUUCAGUGUACACAAUCAGAUUUCUCACGCCUUAAAAUGGCAAGCCGUACUGUUGUCGGAUUUGUCUUUUGUACAAGUCAGACUGGGCGGAUUCGGAGUAUGCUCCACACAUGCUGAAUAUCCUGCAACAGAGUACCGCUUGUGGCUUCACCACGACACACCUACGCUAAACGUCUUCCCUAAGACAGACUAUGACUACACAGAUUAUGCCUACAUCUGCGCAAGACUGCUGUACGGUAGCCGUGUUAUUGUAAGGAGUCAGACGUUCCGAACUCCGUUUGUCGUCAUGGCCGUGACGGGGGGCGCCACAAACACAGAACACCGAAACACCGUUACGGUAUUGCCCUGGUGCGAGCGCUUUUGGUCGGGCGGAGACACUGCGAGCUUCAACCUAGACGCGAGUGGCGAAUCUACCGUGGAACUGGCUGCGCUUUCUGUGAGAGAGAACAACAAGACAAUACGCCUGGUCUCUGUUGUGUUUGAUCUAUCCUCGUCUGUAGAAAAGGGUGACCCAGUUUUGGACUCGCCUAUACGGACCAACAGCACACAGAACGUGACGUGCGUUGUGGUCAGUGGGGAGACAGUCACCCAGUCCUUCUUAACCGCGACAGAACGAGAAAAAUCAGACACCAACGUGCACCCAGCUACCGGAGAGCACAGUUUAAGCAACACUACUUCGAUCAACAACACUGGUGACGUCAGAGAAGAACCAUGGACGAGCAACACGACUGACGUCACUGGAACUGAUGACGUCACCAGCACUGAUGACGUUGACAGCGCUGAUGACGUCACUGCAGCACAGAACUACACGACUUCGCUCCCAACGACAGACAUUGAUGCGAUCCCGACGCCUACCCAGAAGGUCGUUUUCUUGACGACAAAACCACCGACAGAACAACAGAACAUAAUGGUGAUAGUCCUGACAGUCUCCCUAGCAACCGUUCUCGUCGCCAUGACGACCAUCUACCUGGUAAAAAGGUGGCUGUCAGGUUGUCAUGGCAACCAGGACGGUCCCGGAAACUCCGGUGGGAUACCCGAUGACGCAAUCGCCCCAUUAGCUCGGGCUGUCGUCUCCAUCAACAGCUGGAUGAUACCAACUGGUCUCCACGGCAACGAAGGGGACGCCCCGCCCUAUUGGGAAAUCCCGGACGACUAUUUCGAGUUCAGUAACCCCGGGUACCGCUACCGGCGGCCCUCGCUGGACGGGAACCCUUACUCGCAGAUUCCGGACGAGUACUACAGCUACGAGAACACCGCGCGACAGGCCAACUGGCGUCCCUCCUCCCUUCCCCUGGCGCUCGACGUCAGGUACGAGAACUUCGAACAACACGGGGACGUUCAACGCUGGCAGUGGCAGCCUUCUGAUCUGGAUGAGCAAGACGACGACGUUACUACCUUCUACGCGGCUGCAGCAGAAGUGGCGCUUCCUACCCUGAGAAAGAUGAGCAAGGGGCAUGCAUACUACAGGAAUGUCGUCCGCUCGACCAAGCGUGAUGGCUACUCAAAUAGGCUUGCAGAACUAAGGAAGAAUGCAGGUAGCACGGCGUAUGGAACACGUACGCCGAAGUACAGGCCAUUCGAGUUGCUUGCAAGACGGGCGUACGGAACGUGGCCUUCGGCGUCUACUGUGAAGUCAAGAGGAAGGAAUAUCGCUGUAGGGGUAGCUUGGGGAGAAAUCAAGCCUAAUGAUCAAGGCAACACGCCGUACGGGGCUGUAGGCCGACUUGUGAGGGACAGACGCCGGUCUCACGCGUAUGGAAGACCAAGGAGUGUUCUCGCAUCAGGGUCGACCGGUGCGGCCUUGCAGACGUACCAGAAUUGUGGUGCAGUCCUUCUCCACAAGUCCUGGAGUCAGGAAACGAUGUUGUUUAAAAACAUGCGUGUCGGAUCUGCAAGAAUGGACCCAGGCCGCCGACAUAGUAUGUAAAGAACGACUUUUUUUUUUGUAUUCCAACAUUUCAUGACUAAACAUGGUGA